AUGGCAUUCGGACGAACCAAACAGAAUAAUAAAACAGCCUCUCCUCGUUCGGCUACAACGGUUGAUACCAAAAUUGAAAAAUCUUCCUUAGAGAUUGUUCCCAUUUCCUCACACCCUUCAUUCAAUUAUUUUACUUAUCAGAAGGACGACGUUACAAAACAUGAACAACCCUAUUCACCUAAAACAUUUGAAAAUUUUGAUGAUAAAAUCGGUUUACCCUCUUCACAUCCUUCACACAAUUAUUUUGCUUCUCAAAGAAAUUCAAGUUUUGAACAAAUCCAAACCGUUUAUGAUUUCAAAAUUAGUUUACCUCCUUCACACCCUUCAUCAAAUUAUCUUGCCUCUCAAAGAAAUAUAGAUUUCGAACAACUCCAUUUCCAAAUCCAAAACAUUUAUGAUUGUAAGGCCAGUUUAAAAAACCUUCGAUACCUAAAGCAUUUUUUUUCAAACGAUCAUUUAAUUCGAUAUACAAAAUCGGAUCAUUUUAAUUCCUUAAGUGAAAAAAUUAAAAGGUUGAUAAAUCUUCUCAUCUACGAAAUCUUAUCGGAUGAAUUUCGACGGGAAAGCGUAAAACUAUCACAAAAGUUGGAAGAAUACAUCAAAAGAAAUUUGAUUCCGGAAUUACCAAAUGGAUAUAAUAGUUAUACUGAAUUUGAGAAUAGUAAGGCUUUUAAAUUCUUAAGUAAGAUGCAAAGGAAGAGAGUCAAAAAAUUGGUUAGAUUAGAGAAUAAUAUGACUCCCCCGAAACAAGUUCCUAAAAGGCAAAGGAACGAGAUGAAAUCAUACAAUCGGUCGAGUAAUUUUACGGUGAAACAUGGUGGAUUAAUUGUUCUAUGUGCGGACGAUAUGGUGUACCAUUAA